AUGAUCAUGAAAUUAUCUAAAGAAAACAAUCAAGAUCAUAAUUGUAAGGACCAACCUGAUCUCAACAUCAUAUUGACAGCACUAAACCAAAUUCAGUUGGACUAUCAAAUGCUUCACCAAGAAAAUGUGGAACUCAAAAACACUCUCAACCAACUUCAAGGUCAAGAAGGUGCUAAUAUUCAGUAUAAAAACCCCAAAACUCAAGUAGGUCUUUUGGGAAGUUUAUUGUCAGGACCAGCUUUGGCUUGGUUUUCUUCUUUGUUGGAGAAACAAUUAGAACUGUUGGGAGAUUUUGAAAUAUUAGUCAAAAAAUUUGAAAAAACUUUUGGUUUUAGGGCAGCUUCAAGUUAUGCUUCAGAAUCCUGGCAGAUUGCAGACAAUUUGAACUGGGGUGAAGCAGCACUAAUUGAUCAAUUUAGGAAUAGGCUCCAGAAUGAUAUCAAAGAUUUGCUUCUCACUGUUGAGGACCUGACCUCUCUAAACGAUGCUAUUUCAAAAGCAAUUAGAUGUAAUAACUGA